AUGGGCGUUACUUCUGGAAAACGUAACAUCGAUCCAAGAUAUCUACUUGCUUAUGUAUUUACUGAUUUUAACAUUCUGCCGGGUAUGAUCGACUUUUCCGUUCAUGAUGUGAAGUUGGAUACACGAAUUACACGGAAUAUACGAAUUAAAGCUCCCCUGGUGUCCUCUCCUAUGGAUACCGUAACGGAGAGUGGAAUGGCAAUUGUCAUGGCCCUCUAUGGAGGUAUGGGUAUCAUCCAUGGGAACUUCCCAAAACCAGAAGAUCAAGCUGCCGAAGUUCUAAAAGUGAAGCGUUUCAAACAAGGCUUCGUUAUGCAACCACAUUGUUUGAAACCUGAUGCGAGUCUCUGGGAUAUGUUACAAAUCAAAAAGCACUAUGGCUAUACGGGUGCUCCAGUUACUGAAACAGGCAAAGUCGGAUCGAGACUGAUAGGUAGGUCAUAG